UUUUCCACCAAAUUUUCUUUCUGCAAUCUUUUAAUUUCCAGAUCCCUCUCUUCUUCCUAACCCCAAAUGCUCUCUCUCUCUCUCUCUCUCUCUACCCCAAAUCUUUCUUUCACAGUCUCUGACCCCCAAUAUUCUUGCCCUCUCAAACAAAAACCUCUAACGUUCUCUCCCAUCUAGAAACCAUCUUCAUUCCCAAACCCUCUCACUCUUAAGGCUCCCUGUCUCUCUCGCACUACUAUUUUUUCAAGAUUUUAGCCUGAAAAUUCAAUCUGAAAACUGAUGGUGCUUCGUUCCCAAACGCUUUCAAGAAAUCUGGGUUUCGUUUCUCCCUCUUCUUUCCGAAAACCCUCUCAUGCCUGCACUCUUAAGAUGUUGAGUAAGAAAGCUGUUAGUUUAGGCAACACUAACAAUAAGAGGAAGCAAACUGCAUUUUCAGCCUCAACAGAGGGUUCACGGCAACAGGAUGAUGUAACUUCUUCACGUGUGAAGAAAACUUCAACUCAACAACCACCACAGCCACGUGAGCUAUCACAAGAAUCAACUCUGACACAACGAUUUCCAUUAUUUGCCUCAGCAGGGGGUUCACGACAACAAGAUGAUGGAACUUCUUCACAUGCGAAGAAAACUCGUGGCAUAACUGUGGGGGCUGGCACUUGUGAUGUUGUUAAAAAGUCCAAGAAGUUGAUUCCAAUACGAUUGGAUCCAUCACAGAACUUGGUAGCGAGUGUUGAGGCUCAAUAUUUGUUCGUGUCUGAGAUUGGGUUAAUCACUCGCAACAAAGCUCCAUUGAAUGUUCUUGGGUGGAAAAAAGUGACUUUGGAGACGAAGCGGGAUAUGGCAAUUGCAUUGCAGUUCAAGUUUGAAGUGGACUUAACGGAUCCAGCUAUGUGGAAAUUUAUUGAUGACCAUAUGAACUCCACUUAUAAUGAUUGGAGAGCAAAACUCCACAAGCACUAUAAGGAGUAUGCUUCUGACCCUGAAGUCGCACGGGCCACACCCCCCCUGGAAAGGUCUUUGGUUCUCAAAGGACUCUAGAAGAGUGGCAUUAUUUGGUCGAUAAGUUGUACACGGAUGAGAAAUAUCAGAACAAUUUAUGUAUGUUGUUAAAACAGAAACGAUGCAAAGCCAAUGCUGAGACAGGAAAAGGAAAAAAUAUGAUCAUACAGGGGUUCACAUCCCUUCCUAAAACAUAUGGAAGCUGCUGUAGAGGUUAUAAUUUUCCUUUCAUUUUAAUCUUGCUUUUUUCUUUUAAAUUUAUAACUGCAAGUAUUUCUCAUUUUAGUUUUGGUUGGGAAUAUGUAGAAGAGUGAAAAUUCUACAUACAUUAGCAACUGGAACACCUUGCAUAUGUAUAAGGAUAAGGCCGUGUGGAUCAAUGAGGCUGCUGAAAGUAAAGGG